AGAAAGUCCAAAUUCAAAAGAAGAAAGAGAAUGAAACAAGAAGCGUGACCCGACCGUUAAAGAAACCCAGAGAAGAUGACCCAAUCACAUUACUCGUUACGAUGGAACAACCAUCAGACGCACAUAUUGGCUGCCUUCGAGGCCCUUUUGCAGGCCGAGACCUUGGUCGAUGUGACCUUGGUCUGUGCGGAGACGUCGGUGCGAGCCCACAAGGUCGUGCUGAGUGCCUGUUCCCCAUUCUUCCAGAGGAUAUUCUCGGAGAAUCCAUGCAAGCACCCUGUGAUUGUGCUGAAGGACUUCAAUGGCUGGGAGGUCCAGGCGAUCGUGGACUUCAUGUACAAGGGAGAGAUCUCGGUGAUACAAGAGCAAUUGCAGAGCCUGAUAAAAGCAGCGGAGAGUCUGCAAGUGAGGGGUUUAGCCAACCAGGACCCAUUUGGAGUCGACAAGGAAUCUACCUCGAUCAUCAAUCAAACACCCACGCCCUCCACAUCGCCCAAUGAGUACGACAGGAAUUAUUUCAGCAGUGGUAGGCUUUCGACGCCAGGAGCUACUGUACGGACGCCAGCAGAACGAACAUCCCCAUUCUCUCCAAUCCAGAACAGCUUCGAACCUCCCUUGAAGCUACCUCACAUGCCCAGGUUAUCCUUCCCAGAAACUCUCCUUCCGAGACAAGAAUGCCAAUCGCCGAUCCCUAGGCGGAAACAAGCCAGACCUAGACGUAGGUCGGGCGAACUGUGCGGAGCCCAAGACCUCACCACAAGUGUGGUGAAGCCCGAAUCCCCCAGCGAAGAAACUGCCGAGAACCUGUGCAUUAAAAAGAACGGGAAAGAAGAGAAACGGGAGAUCAAAGAGGAGGAGAAAUGCCGGACACCGGAGCCCAGCGCUGGAAGCCCAGAAAUGGACCUGAGUAUGCAGAGCGGCAAGGAGUUCCGGACAUCGCCUGUCAACAUGCACCCCUCUAUGAAUAUGAAGCAGGAGAUGGAGAGUCAUUCACCUUUGCACUUCCCACCAAUGCCGUCGGUAUCGGCUCUCACAAUGACACCUCCUCAUAGCAAAUGUGAGUAACUAUUUCCAAU